AUUUGAACCGUGAACCAAAUCAACAACAUUCAGAAGACAUCAACAAAAAGGGGAAUAACUCUAAAUACAUUUUGUGAUUGAAUGCAGCUCAAAGGAUGGUGAAAAUAGGUCUUCAGUUCAAGGCAGACUUGGAAUUUUUGACAAACUUGAGACCAGAUGGAGAAGAUUUCAGAUGGUACAUCAGACUGAAGUGCAGCAACUGCAGUGAAGAAACCAAAGAAUUUCAGUAUGUUACACUGAUAGACAGUGUGCCGUUGAAAGGUGGGCGAGGCUCAGCAAGUAUGGUGAUGAAAUGUAAACUCUGUUCCAGAGAAAAUUCUAUUGACAUAAUGAAAGAUUCCAUGAAGCCUUAUAAUAUUGAUGAUUCUGGAAAAUUCAAAACAGUUGUUGAGUUUGAUUGUCGGGGCAUGGAACCUGUUGACUUUUCACCCAGAGUUGGGUUUAUGGCUGAGGGAGCAGAAACAAGUACAAAGUUCCCUGAAGUGGAACUUACAGAAGGUGAGUGGUGCGACUAUGACGAGAAACAAAGCGAAGCUGUUGGAGUGUAUGACUUAAAACACAAGUUUGUCAAAUGUCAACACUAACGUACACUAGCUUGAUAACAUAGAGGAGUCCAGUCAGUGAGGAUUGAUUCAGAUAUGUCAGAGAGAAGUAAUUCUUGAUACAGUAUGAUCUUGAUAUAACACUCCUCAUCCAUUUGCCACCUCUUUUAAUUAUCGUCAACAUAUUUGUAGGUUCCUUUUCCCAUUUUCCAAAGAAUUCCUUUAUAUGCUUGUUGCGAAACUGGGAUUUGUUGACAUUCUUUACAAUGAUAACAUAAUUUGCGCUUGUCUAUAUUAUCUUAGAAAGAGAGUAAUUCUUUGUCAAUGUGCUAUCAACAAUACCUUUAUAAUUGUCAAGAAAGUCAGUUUAUAUGUUUUCACGAAGUCAGACGUCAAACUUUCACACAAUCUACUGACAGUUAAUGUCCUUAUUUCGUCAGCUAUAAAUAGUAUUGUACGUUAAAGAUAACAGAGUCUUUGUAAUUUGUACUGAUUUUGUCCAUAA